GGGGGGGGGGGCUCUUUGCAUCGCGUCCAUAUUCAAACGAGGUACUUUCUUCAAACGUGGACCCGUUAAAGACCCAACCCCUCUUCUCUUCGCCAGGUUACCGUAGUGAGUAUCUAUUUAGUCUCCUCGUUCCUGGUUUGUACCUGUGGCCAUGCCUCUUGGUGGGGGGGGGGGGGGGCUCUCCUGUCUCCAUGGCAACUCUGCUGACCCCUCACAAAUGCACUUCCUCUUUGUGGAGGGGUCCCCAUGGCAUCAAGGGAGCAGGAUUACCUCUUUUUAACCUUUUUAAAAACGAUCCAUAAUUCUUUCUGUGCCCCGAUAGAGAGCAUGAAUUAUUUUUAAAUUCCUCUCACUUUGAUAUAUUGUUAUAUCUUUACGGAUUUGUAAUUUGACAUUGUGUAUUGUGUAUGUUCAUUUUUCUUUUCCCUCUUUGGUUCCUUUUGUUUUUGGGGGGUUGUUAUAGCUCUGCUCUGUUCAUUUUGUUUUGUUUUUCUGCUAGUGGUCUCUGAAGCUGCGUGUGAGUGUCUGACAGCAAUAGAAUCACAGAAUUGAAGCGUUCCAAUUCCGUGAUUGGAAUGCUCCGAUUCUGUGAAUGGACGGAACCCUUUCUGACCGGUUGUGAGGGGGCGGGGCAUGUUCUUGCUCCACCCCCCCCUUACAGAGAGCCAUUCACUCGCUGUUAUUGCUUUUUUGUGACAUGUUCAAAUACUUUUUUUUUUUUUUUUUUUUUUUUAGCCUGCAGGGAAUUCUUGUGUUUAUGUGCAAAGUAAUAAAUUGGUAUUUUAUGCCUAUAAACGUAGCCGUUGUGUUCUCGUCAUUGAUAGGACUCCUACAGUGUGUCCUGAUUGACUGUUUAACACCAAGGUCUGAGUGUGCACGUGUCUUGUCACUAGAUGGCAUUCUUCACCAGGGGACGUACAUGGGAUCACAAGAGUACUAAGAACAGUGAAACAUUAAUGAUCUAUCCUCUUUCUCGCCUUGAUGGUUAUCUUAGAGCAGCUGAACGAUGCAUGAAGAUAUCUAACUCUCUUUACACACCUGUGUUCUGUCCACAGUGACCAGCGUAGAGGAGUUGUUAACCUGCAGGUUAACAACUCCUUCUCUUUACACUGAGAUAGUGUAUGGACCUAUGGGCUUUACCACACUAGAACACGUGUAUACUGGUGCUCGGGGCCUAGGCGAGUCAAAUGCUAAAAAAUGUAUUAAUGAAGCUGCCGGUACUCGGGCAAAACAAAGGAAGGAAUAGGCUGUUCUGUGUUACUUAAUAAUACAUCUUUAGUGCUUUAUCAAUCUGUAACCAAAGUCCACUGCAUUUACAAAGUAUUCAAAUUAUCCCCUUACAUUUUUCUUUUUACUAGAUCAUACUACAAAGAGCUGCAGUGGGACCUGCCCCCCCCCCCCCCGGUGCCUCAGGUAAAAGAGGUCAUGCAGUCAGCUGGUAUGGCCUCUCUAGAACGAGAAUUCAUGGGAUUCCCAGUAAUUUCAAUAUAGUUGUAAGAUGUCAUUAAACCUAAUGUCAUUUCCCACGUGGUGCUAAUGUAUUCUCAUGACAGUGAAUGCCAUGCAGCCUUACAAUCGAUAGCCAUCGUUGGUAUGUGUCACCUUCCUCUGCUUCCCUUUUGUGAAUCAUCCCGUGUCCUGGCCGGUUGUCAUGACCACCGUUGCCAAGGAGAGCGGAGGCUACAGAAGAAAGGAAACCCGAACCUCGGAUCUUGAUGCCGUGAUAUUUAAUUCAUCGGCACACCGAGGGUUCAGCGUAAUGCAGGUGGAGCGAGAGCGCUCUCGUGUAGAAGUGACGUUUCACAAUGCGAAGACAAAAGAGGGGCUGUCGGAUCCUUCUGUUACAGCCAAGCUCUGUUUUCUUUCUCCUCCUCGAGCUGUCAUGCAAUAACCAAAAUAAAUAAACUGAUACAGACCAGCCAGUUGACGUUUCAGCCACAAUUCUGUGAAAUGUAAUGAAUGACACUAAACAAAUCGGAUAAAACUAAAAAGUCAAGUGUCAGAAUUCAGAGUUUUAUUUUUUGUCCAGAUGACACAAUCAUACAAUACUUUUUUUUUCUUUUUUUAAACCUGUGGCUUGUCAGCAUUUCAACCAGUCGUUGGAGACUAAACAAAAAGACCUACGUCCCCUUAUGUGAAGCUGUUUCUCCCUUUCAUUGCAGACAAAAAGGGGGUAAGUGAAAGCUCCUUUUAAAACAUGCCAGUUUGUGUGGUCAAAGCAAUACAAAGUGUCUAAUCCUCAUUGUAGAGACACCCCCCCAUGUUGUCUUUGUGUUAACUGAUCCACCUACAAACGGCGCUCCAUCCUCGGCCAUCCCUCCCUCCCGCCUUUUGUUAUCUCACCCUCUUUUGCCCUCUCCCUCCCGCAACGUUUUUUGUUUUCCUGGGGUUCAUUGUUGCUCUGGCAGGUUUGACUGUAGAGACUGCAGUGCUGAAGAUGGGAGGCGGUGAACAGAUUAUCUACUUACCCACAAGUCUCGCUAUACGGCCCUGAUUUGUUAUCGGUUACCCUUGUCUGGAACCAGGACUGACCCAUUUGGGCUUGCGUUGCUACCGGAGGAAGCGGUUGGGGGCGGGUGAAGCCGAGCAGCAGGGUGAAGCCGAGCAGCAGCUGAAGUGGCCUCGUCGAGGCUUAGACCUCAGCGCCGUUCAUCGACAACAAGGAGAUACUUCAGCUGGCAGCAGCAGUGUCUGAUGACUAGUCCUCUGGAAACCUGUGCUUUCUUUUUGAAUUAGAGACGGAUUUAAAAACCAGUCUGCUGCGAACUCUUUGGGGGGGGGGGGGAAACCCUGGAAUAACCUCUUGAUUGACUCUUAAACAGCCGAUUGUUCAUCUCAACGGUACGAUUGUCUCGUUCAUUCCUUGAGGACCAAAUAUUGAAUCUCUGUCGACGAGGUAAAAAUUUUUGUUCCGUGUGAUCUCCCUUUUUUAACCUUGCUGUGACAGGAUAUACUCAUAGCUGCAUCGGUGGCCUUGAACCCAAGUAUCGGGUUGUAUCGGGCUGAUCCAUCUCUGUAAGGCUACACCAUACCAGGAGUGUGACACUGAAGCACACUGCAGCUCAAUAAUUGGCCCUCUGGAUUUGAACCGGAGCUGAAGGCAAAGAAACUUCCACUGGGGGAAAAAAAGAAAAGCUGUCUGGCUGGCAUCCAUUUCAUCCACAAGGCCGAUCGAUCCCGCUACCGUCGGCUGCCACAGGUGGCUGCACAGCUAUCGGCUACUCAAUAAUGCAUUGACUCAAAACAAGGGAUGAAGAGGAGGAGAGAGUGCCUCUAAUCCUUUUGGGGGGGGGGAGAAAAGGUGCAUGACUGGAGAGAGAAAGCGAGUGAUUAUUUCUGAGUAAUGGUGAUUUGAGGCCACGUGGGAAUUAAAAACAAGUGAGCAGAUGUUGAAGAGGAAAAGGAAAAGAGAAGAGAGUGGCUGCUGACAAAGUGGCUUUGGGGCAAAGGCCGUAGGAAGCGUGUCCAAGCCACACAGGAAGGGGACAAGGAAACCAAAGGAGUAGACUUUGAAUACCACAAAGAAGGAUAACUAACGAAAUAAGAGACGACUGUAGUGAACAAAGACCUGCGAUUCCUCAAAGAUUGGUCUAAAAAAAAAAAAAAAUUUAUAUAUAUUUGUCAUCAUGGUGAACACCGGCAUGCAGCUGAUCAGCUUCACCUGCGCGGUGACGGGCUGGAUCAUGGCGAUCGCCGUCACGGCGCUGCCCCAGUGGAAGGUGUCGGCCUUCAUCGGCAGCAACAUCCUGACUUCGGAGAUCAAGUGGGAGGGCAUCUGGAUGAACUGCAUCUACCAGACCACCGGCCACAUGCAGUGUAAGACGUACGACUCCAUGCUGGCCUUGCCCCCGGACAUCCAGGCGGCCCGCGCCCUCAUGUGCCUGGCCAUCUUCAUGGGCUGGCUCUCCUGCACUGUGUCCUGCUGUGGCAUGAAGUGCACCACCUGCGCCGGCGACGACCGCCGCGCCAAGGCGGGUAUCGCGCUCUCCGGCGGGGUCCUCUUCAUCCUCACCGGCCUGUGCGUGCUGAUUCCCGUCUCCUGGACCGCCAACACAGUCGUCCAGGACUUCUACAACCCCAACGUGCCGCUGAUGCACAAGCGGGAGCUGGGUCAGGCCAUCUAUCUGGGCUGGGCGUCCGCCGUCAUCCUCAUGAUCAGCGGAGCGGUGCUGAGCAGCACCUGUCCCCUCAUGGAGAGGAGCGGCAGGUACCGCCGCGGCUACAUCGGCCGGAGCUUCGCCAACUCGCCCGCCUCGGCACCGGAUCCCCCGAAACCCAUCACGUCUAAUAGUGUACCAUUAAAAGAGUACGUAUAGGAAGAGGUGGAGGGAGAACCAGUUAAAGGGUUGAUGCUGUUAUUUUCCUAAAUGUACUCAAGUUUUAAGUCUGUGAAUUUUAAGCUUUAAAAUGAAAUAUAUAUAUUUAUUAAUAUAUCCAUCCUGUAUUUUGUAUAUCUCCUUGUAAUGUUAAAACGUGUCUUUGGUACUUUGACGUUUUGUUCGCUGCGCUAUGAUUAACAGUAGUGCCUGAAGAAAGCCCAUCGCCUGUAUCGUCAAAUCCAGUUUGACCGUCGUGGUGGCUUUAAUGAUGGCCUGUGUUGUGAAGAUUGUGGUGAGUUGCUCAGCAGCUGUUCUCUGACAUGUCGUUACCCCCUUCGUUUGUCACAUAAAGCCUUGACUUGAUUGUGCCUGCAUCGAACGUGUGAAAUAAAACCAGUUUGUUACAGAGUGCUUCACUCACUGCGUUGUGUAACCGUCUUUGUCCCUUUGUGUUCUGGUUGUUGCUCUAAAGUACAUUUGGUUUGGGCCAUGACAGGACGCCACAGGGUCAUUUUUUUUAAAGUAAUUUCCUCAUGUCCUUAUAAAGUCUGGUCCAUGCACACACCUCCCAUCCAAGGCCGCGUCUAGGGACAUUUAUUUAACAAAAUAAAAAAUCUGGUCAUGUCCACGGGGUAUACAUCCAUGUAGUUCUGCAUGUUUGCUCUUCUCUUCUAGCCCCGUCGUAUAAAAUCAAGUCCGAUUCAGAAGCUCAGAGUUCCACCUGUGUCGCUUUUACUCUCUUCAUUGGGACUCGGUAAAGAAGGACACUUUGCAAAGUGUAUCUGAAAGAAGACAGAGAAGCAAUUAGUUCACCUACAAAUCUUUUUGCCCCCUCCCUUCCACUGCUAACACUGACAGCUAAUGAAACAGACAUAGAUUUGGCAAAGCGUUGGCCUCUGGUCAGCUUGUAUUAAAACGAGUUAUAUAAACUGACAGACUAAACUAAAAUGCUAGAGAAGGUAAUAUAUCAAACAUGUUUCUGGCAUUCCUGCUUUAGGAUUCUAAAAAAAAAACAAAAGGAUACUGCUGCUCCAGAAAACAUGACUUUUCAUAGUUUGGCUUUAAUCGAUGACAAUACACAAAUCUACCAAAAACCUUUUCAAUACUUGAUAGUGGCCAGACUAUUUUAAACUCCAUUUACCUGUGAUGUGGUCCUCUGCACUGGGACACUCCAAGGAUUUCCAUCUUUUGUGAGCAGAUUCUAAAAGGGAUAGAUCAUCUGCCCUCAGAGUCAGCAGCAGAGUCUUCCUCCUCAGAAAUCUGAGCGCAUGAAUUUAGGUAAAAAUAUAUAUAUUUUUUGAAAGACCCCAAACCCCAAUGCAAACGUGAACAAAGGAUACUGCUGCCGAUAGUGCCGCUCGGCAUCCUGCAGCCACUCCAGCAUGUCGGACACUGAGGGGGCGGUGGCCGAGCGCUCGGUUACGGCGAGCAGGUCCAGACUGUCUGUGCUCUGCUCGUAAAGCUGGAAGACUGCAGAGACCUGGUUACUGAUGGAAUCCCUCACGGACUGUAGAGAAGACCUGAGGGAAAGAGAUAGGAUGGAUGCCAUGGGUCAAAAUCCAUAAUGCAGUUGAUUUUUUUUUUCUGUGGCAGAAUAGAACGAAGUAGCUAUGAAUAGUCUCGUCGGUCAUCUGCACCGCACCUCUACGUAAAAGACGGUGCGAGGAACGGGGUGUGAUGCCGAUUCAGACUGCAAUGUCGCCGUCAUUCUACUGGGUGAUGGCACUUAUUAACAGUAUGUCGCUGAUGUUUUAUACAGCUUCCCACUGCCAGAGUGGUAAUUCUUACUGCUGCAUGAUAUU